CUUAUUCGGACUUGUCGCUGUUGCUAGCCCUGAGCGUCCGCGACGACGACGACGACGCAUUGAGCACCAGUUUCGCUGAAAUUCCUGCUUAAAUCGUGUGCAGCGGCAGAUAUUGAGACUUAAAACAUGCUGGACGACAAUCGCAAGAUCGGCACACUGUUGCUGGGUCUGGGCUUCAUGUUUUUGAUGCUGGGCGUGCUCAUGAUCUUCGACGCGGCCAUGCUGGCGCUUGGUGACGUGCUGUUCCUGAGCGGCGUGGCGCUCACCAUUGGCUUAUCACGCACGGUGCGUUUCUUCACACGCAAGGAGCGAUGGCGGGGCAUUGUGUGUUUCUUGGGCGGCAUUCUGCUGGUCAUGCUGCGCUACCCUGUGAUCGGCAUGAUUAUCCAGAGCUUCGGCUUCCUCAACCUUUUCGGCUCCUUCUUCCCCGUGGCUUUGGCUUUCCUGCGCCAGACUCCCGUGAUAGGGAACGUGCUCAACUUGCCUGUAGUUAGCGAGAUUGUCGACAGACUAGCGGGCGCACAGAAGCGCGGAUACCAGGUGUAAUGACAAGGGCAUAUGGAGAUAUAUAGGAGCGGAAGACGUGAUAGAAGUACACGGGGAAGUUGGUUCAAG